GCUCCUGAGUUCUAUAUUGAAAUAGUGCAAAAUUAGGUUUAAAUCCUGAGUUUUAUCAUUUAAUUUAAUUACUAAGUUGUUUACUACUUAGAUUCCACUUGACCAUGGAAUGAAGCACUGUUGGUCAACUUUGGUUAAUGUCCGCAUGCCUGGACUGGACGGCUCAGCCUCGCAGGAGGUGGGACUAGGUGACGGAAGCGCCGCAUUGGCUGAUGAUGGCGAGGACCCCUUGGGCUUGAGCACUGACAGCCUAUCACGACUCAGAAGCCCUUCUGUGAUGGAAGUCAGAGAAAAGGGAUACGAGACACUGAGGGAGGAGCUGACCAAAGCCCAGCGGGAGCUUCAGUUAAAAGACGAGGAGUGUGAGAGACUUUCUAAAGUCAGGGACCAGCUGGGGCAGGAGCUGGAGGAACUCACUGCUAGCCUGUUUGAGGUUUGUUUUCAUUCGUUUGGUUUAUUCUCCUUCCUGGUCCAAUAAAAUAAAAAGUGUGUGUUUUUUACUAAGUUUUAGUGGCUAUUUCUGCCAAGAUACAUAGCUUCUCAGCAGCUACACAGCACAUCUCCAGCUUUGUAUAAUUCAUGUCCAGCAUGCAAGGAUGUAAAUAAAUGAUAAAAGUUUCACUUAAUCAGUAUUUCUCUUUAUGAUCAUAAUGUGCUGAUGAUCUGCUUGUGAAGCUUUUGUCUUUCUCUAUUCAUGUAUUCCUUCGUCAUGGUUUUUAGCUUCAUGUUCCUUCCUACUCCAUUUCUGUUUCUGUUUCUCAUCACUUGUUUCCUACCUCUCCUGUGUUUACUACCUCUGUGUGUGUGUGUGUGUGUGUGUGUGUGUGUGUGUGUGUGUGAGAGAGAGAGAGAGAGAGAGGCCAACACAGAGAAGCAGCUGAAGGAAGCACUGGGGAAGAUGGAUGUCCUCCAGGCCGAGGUGUCUGCACUGAAGACUCUCGUUCUGUCCACGUCUCCUACAUCACCGUGUAAGGAGCUGCCGUCAGGCUCCAAGGUUCCAUUUAAGAAAGGUCACGUGUGCAAUAAGAGCACCAGUAGCGCUAUGCUGGGCAGCCAGCAGGAGCUCAGCGUUCCCCAGCCCAUCGUACGUGACUGCA